CCCUUCCUGCGCCUCGUGGGGCAGCUCAAGCGAGUGCCACGAACAGGCUGGGUGUACAGGAACGUAGAGAAGCCAGAGAGUGUAUCAGAUCACAUGUACAGGAUGGCAGUCAUGGCUUUGGCAACUGAAGAUAAAAAGCUCAAUAAAGAUAGAUGUAUCCGACUAGCUCUGGUUCAUGAUAUGGCUGAAUGCAUUGUUGGAGACAUAGCCCCUGCAGAUAAUAUCUCUAAAGAGGAGAAACAUAAGCAAGAGGAGGCAGCUAUGAAACAGCUGACCCAACUGCUGUCAGAGAAUCUCAGAAAAGAAAUCUAUGAACUUUGGGAAGAAUAUGAAUACCAGUCUACUGCAGAAGCUAGAUUUGUAAAAGAACUGGAUCAGUGUGAAAUGAUACUCCAAGCAUUUGAAUAUGAAGAGUUGGAAAAAACGCCUGGAAGACUGCAGGACUUCUAUGAUUCAACUGCAGGAAAAUUUAGUCACCCAGAAAUAGUUCAGCUUGUGUCUUCUGUUAUUACAAAGAGAAAUGAAAAAAUAUCUGCUACAAGUAAGCCAAGCUCAUCAGACAUUGUCUAGUGGUUGCUCCUAAAAUAAACUAUUUAUUAUUUUACACUCAUCUUUCACUGCCACAGCAUCAUUAAUUUAAGAAGUUUUGGGGGAUAUUUUUUCCUUUACAUUUAUUGGAAAAAUGUAGAUGGGAUGUAUAGGAUAACUGCAUUCUAGAUCACAGGAUGCUAAGGAUCAAACACUAUGAAUGGGGCUGCUUUUUUAUUAGCUUUGAGUGUUUGAUGGCACUUCACUUGAAAGCACUUUAUCCUGAAGACAGAGUACAUUUCACUGCAGGCAAAACUAAUUACAACACUGAAUGUCAUGUAACUCCUUUCAGUCACUGAGGAAAAGUCUAAUUAUUGUCUUUAGGCAUAUAUCCAUCAGCAGAAUGUAGCCUAAUAAUGAUAAAUCCAGCUCAGAGAGAGAGAGAGUACAGUUCCUUCCUUGUGAAGUUUCUCCUUCUACAAAUAUUUCUAUUCUACCUGCAGUCUAAUGAAAAUCCUCUAUGUGCAUUUAAGCCUAAUGCAUGGGCACACAUUUAUACAAGCCAUUUAUUUUUUAGAGACCGGUACAUUCUUUGAAAUAGUGUGAAAUGCUGUUCUCUGACCCCAAAACUCAUUUUGUGAAAUUAUUUAAAACUGACUGUUCCUCCGUGAAUUUUUUUUUUUUUUUUUUUUUUUACUGAUUUGACUUUUGGGUUGGUUCCACCAUCAUUGCAUCAUGUUGGCGGAUGGAUUAGACUGUAUUCAGCAGGCACCAGAUAAAUUUCCAUCCUGCUAUUGUAACCAAAGCUAAUGCACUAGGUUGGAAGGGAAACUGCCAAAGUUAUGUUGGAGGGACCAGCUUGCUGUGAGUUUGCUACCAGAGAGCAAGGAUGUUCUGUACUUCCCCCAGGAGGGAGCUGAAAGACCCAAGUGAUGCACCUAAAAAGAAAACCACCUGAGGCGUCUGAAGGACUGAGGAAUGGAUGGUAAUAUGGUCUAGUCUUGGUUCUCAAGAAUUGGCUGUUAGAAGAAUGAGUAUCUGAAGCAGGCGCAGGCCGCAUUUGUCCCACCAGGCACGUGGUGCUCACCAGUUAAUUGUAUCCUGCUCAGUCCUUCCACCCAUGUGUAGCGCCCCACCCCCAACUCCAAAAUACCCUAUUGUGCCUUGUUCUCACCCUCAUGGGCAGAAGGGCCAGGCUGGCCAGCACACAGCUUUCAUGCAGGGCUGCUGCAGCCCCCGGGGAUCUGCUCCACUUCCCUGGUCUUCUGCUGGCUUCAGGCAGCAGGUAGGGAGAGGGUGGCGGCGGAGCUCCAGCUGGGCAGGAGUACGGAGCCUGGGGCUGGCGGCAGCAUGGAGCCUGUUCCUAGGAGAGCAGCGUGGAGCUUGGGUGGGCAGUGUGUGGGUGUGAGGGGGGUGCGGGGACCCCUCUUCACUUCCCUCAUGGCACGCAGCCCCAGCAGGCAGUGGCAGCAGCAGCAGGUGGGGGUGCUCAGGGCACUGGUGCCUGGCGGGGCGCAGCUCCAGCCAGCGCUGCACGUGGCAGCGAGGGGCAGCCUCCACCAGGCCACAUGUACUGCCAGUGCUCCCCACCAGGCACGUGUAGCCCCCACUUGCAUGGCACAGGAGGAAAGCCCCAGGCGCUGGAGCCAGCUGACUUCCCUACCCUCCAAGGAAAGUCGCCUGGCGCUUCCCUCCCGUGCCAUGCGAGUGUGGGGGCCACAAGUGCUUUGCAGGGAGCACUGGUGUUAGAGGAGGCCUGGCGGAGGCUGCGCCCCUCACCAUGUGCAGCACUGGCCAGAGCUGUGCUCUGCUGGGCACUGGUACCCUGACUGUUCCCACCUGCUGCUGUUGAGCCGUCAGGGGAGUGGGGGGGUACCCACACCCCACCCCACAAUCCUCCACAUAUACACAGUCCCCCAACAUACCCUAUGCCCCCCCCACAGCCACAUCCCCUCACAAAUCCACCCCACACCCUGCCAUAUACACACAUAUACAUCCCAACAUACACGCACACCCCCCAGCCACAUACCCCCACAGUAUAUAGUAAGAAUUUAUUUUUGAGUUAUUCUGCAAUCACCUCUAUAUACAGUACACAAACACAAAUUAUGACAAAAUCAUUUUUUGUAAUAAAAUUGAAAUAUGUUAUAGCA